CAUUGGUCUCACGCGUUGAAGCAAUUCCGACGCGUGAACAGCCAAAGAGCUGAUUUAAUUCAGGCACGUGCUCUAAUCUGGAGACCACCUCGGACACGGUUCUCCAGGAAAGCUUCAAUGUGGGGCAACCAAUUGCAUAUGUAUGUGUUGUGGAGGGCCCAAUCUUGCAGCCGCUCAAGGACUCCCAUAUUUGUGCAAACAACACAACUCUCAGGCUCUUUUGAGCUUUGUCUGACGUUGAAACGGCAACGAAACAGUGACCUUUAGACUUAGGGCUCAUAAUGAGUGCCUUCGGCUCCCUAGGGGCGCCCGUCGCUCAGAAGGAUGUAGAGAUAUCUCAACCACCUGGAGACACAGUAUCGGAACUGAGAUUCUCACCGCGGGCGAACUUGCUAGCGGCAUCCUCCUGGGAUAACCAAACUCGUAUCUGGGAGAUCUCCUCGAAUGGGCAGAGCAUACCUAAAGCUGCCAUCCAGCAUGAGGCCCCGGCGUUGUGCGUGGAUUGGUCUGCGGAUGGAACCAAGCUGUUGUCAGGAGGAUGCGACAAAGCGGGCCGGAUGAUGGACAUUACAACAGGGCAAACGAUGCAGGUUGCAUCGCACGAUGCACCAAUCAAAAGCUGUCGAUUUAUGGAGUUUCAAGGAUCAACAAUUGCUGUAACUGGAAGUUGGGAUAAGACGCUGAGGUUUUGGGAUUUGAGGCAGCCAACACCGGUCCACACGUUUCCACUGCCGGAACGGUGUUAUGCUAUGGAUGCCUACGGGCCGAUGUUGGUAGUGGGCACAGCAGAUCGCAACAUGCUCAUUUUCAGCACAUCAAAUUUAGGCCAGCCAUAUAAGGUGAUGCCGCCUAUUCUCAAAUGGCAAACACGCACUCUUGCCUGCUUCCCUAGCACGGAUCAAGCAGAGAUGGGCUUUUGCUUUGGAAGCAUCGAAGGAAGAUGUCAAUUACAAUGGCUUGAAGACGGCUCGAAGCCACCACCACCACCCCAACGCUCCUUCUCCUUCCGCUGCCACCGAACCGAAAAAGAAACUUACGCCGUCAACUCCAUCUCCUUCCAUCCCGUCUACGGAACCUUUGCAACCUGCGGCGCCGAUGGAACAAUAGCUUUCUGGGACAAGGACGCCAAGUCACGCCUCAAGAACUUCCCUACAGUUGGCUCGGCCAUCACCGCGUCCAGCUUCAACUUUGACGGAACCAUCUUUUCAUACGCGACGGGAUACGACUGGUCUAAGGGGCAUGAGGAGCACAAACAGGGGAGUAAGGUGGCGAUCAUGCUGCAUUCGUUGAAUCCGGCCGAUAUCAAGCCGAAGCCGCCAGGUGUGAAGUUGCCGGGGAAGAAGUAUUGAUUUGGGUCACGGGAAUGUAUAUAGCAUAUCUAUGUGUGCGCCAACGCACAACUCUUACAAGCUGAGCAUGCUCGAGGAAUAUGUACAUCGCAUGCUCCGCUUAACAUACCUCAAUGGCAUCAAACUGAAAAUAUAUAAGCCUUACGAAACGAA